UAAGAAUAAUAACGAUAACGAUAAUACGUGAGAGCAGCAACUAGCGUUUUUAUACACGUAGCUCGGGUUUUUGAUUUUUUUUUACAUUUUAUUUCUCAUCGGUGUCUCUCAACGCGACAGACGACAGUGUUCCACCACCACCUCACGGCCUUGCCGAAACAUGUGCAAUGGUGAACCUCGUCAACAGCGUUCGAGACGUCCCAAGAAACGACGACGCACCGUAGCAUCGCAAACGGGGCAGCGUGGCCACUGGCGUCUGGUGGCGUGGCGGCGACGGCAGCGGUCCGUAGUCCGUACGCACUACGCGUCAACGGCCGCAGACCGACCCUCUCCCACCACCACAAACAUCAACAUAGUGUAGCCCGGGCAACGCGUAGCCACGUCAGCUGCCGCCGCCGGAUCAGCUCGUGUAACUCCGUCGUCACCGACUCGGUUCUACCUACUACGCCACAACGACCGUGUCACCGCCGCCGCCGUCGAGCGUACCACUGUGUGCGUGCCCGUCGAUCUGUUCACGUUACCGUGUCCGACUGUGAGUGUGUGUGAGCGUGUGCGCGCGCGCCGUAGAUCGAUAAAACGCACCGUACUCUGCUCUGCUGCGCUUCUGUUGUUACACGCCGGCUGCUUAUCACUGUCCGCGAGCGACGUUAUCACGCUGCCGGUCCAAUUCGCCAAGUUCCGAUACCACCCACGUCCACGUUCAACAGGUUUUCAUAAGCUGCUAGAGAUACUAUGGCAGUCACAAAAAUAUGCUGUAUAGGCGCUGGAUAUGUUGGUGGUCCCACAUGCAGUGUAAUAGCAAUGCAGUGUCCUCACAUAAAAGUCACGGUUGUAGACAUAAGUGCUCAUCGUAUUUCCCAGUGGAACUCAGAAAAAUUGCCCAUCUACGAACCCGGACUCGAUGACAUUGUAAAAAAACGGAGAAAUGUAAACUUGUUCUUUUCUACAAACAUCGAAGAAGCUAUCCAAGAAGCAGAUUUAAUUUUCAUUUCUGUUAAUACCCCUACAAAGACAUUUGGAGUAGGUAAAGGACGUGCUGCCGACUUAAUGUAUGUUGAAAAUUGCGCUAGGACUAUUGCCCAAGUUUCAACAAGUGAUAAAAUUGUAGUGGAAAAAAGUACAGUACCGGUACGUGCAGCGGAGAGCAUUUUAAAAAUUUUAAGCGCAAAUCACAAACCUAAUGUUAAAUUUCAAGUAUUAUCUAACCCCGAGUUCUUGUCUGAAGGCGUGGCUGUUGAAAACCUAUUAAAUGCAGAUAGAGUUCUUAUAGGGCACGAAGAGACCACUGAUGGUUUAUGGGCUUUCAAGGAGCUCAGCAAAGUAUAUUUGAACUGGAUACCCGAAGCAAAAAUUCUCAGGACCAACACGUGGUCUUCGGAACUAACCAAAUUGGCAGCUAAUGCAUUUCUAGCUCAGCGGAUUUCCAGUAUCAACUCAAUGUCUGUAAUAUGUGAAGUCACUGGUGCAGACGUCAGUGAGGUGGCUAAGGGCAUAGGUCUCGAUUCCAGAAUUGGACCCAAAUUUUUACAAGCUUCAGUUGGUUUCGGUGGCAGUUGUUUCCAAAAAGACCUACUAAAUUUAGUUUACAUAUGUGAAUGUCUAAAUAUUCCACAAGUGGCUGUUUAUUGGCAACAAGUAUUGGACAUGAAUGUUUAUCAAAAAUCUAGAUUUUCAAAUAAAAUUAUAGAAUCAUUGUUUAAUACAGUCACUGGUAAAAAAAUAACAAUGUUUGGAUUUGCAUUUAAAAAAGACACAGGUGAUACUCGUGAGUCGCCUGCAAUACAUGUUGCUAAGACGUUACUUGAUGAAGGGGCAAAACUUAAUAUUUAUGACCCGAAGGUGGAACCAGAGCAAAUAAAAAAAGAUCUCAUGCAUCCUUACGUAACUGAUAAUCCAGAAAACGUAAUUAAGUCUAUUGAAAUUCACAAUAAUCCAUAUACAGCUGCAGACUCGACACACGCUAUUGUAAUAUGUACCGAAUGGGAUGAAUUUGUGAACUUGGAUUAUGAAAAAAUUUAUGAACGUAUGAUAAAACCAGCAUUUAUUUUUGAUGGUCGCAAGAUUCUAAACCAUGAAAUCUUGGCCACAAUUGGAUUUCAAGUUCAUACAAUUGGAAAACGUUGAAUUUUAAAAUGUAUGGUGUGUAUUGUCUUCCAUUUAACCAUAUCAAUUAAGUAUUCUUGCCACUACCAGAAAAUAUCAGUAAUUACUUAUAUUAAAUAUUUAUAUUUUUUUACAUUUAUAUUUCAUAAUUUAUUUAUAACCUUAAACAAAUUUUUGAUACAUCUAUACAUGACAUGGCCUCAUACUUAAAAUAAGAAAUUAAUUGCUAUAAGUAGUAAGGAUUUAUAAAUUGUAAUAUUAUAACUAUGUAAA